AUGAAUAAGUUCACACUGUCAUUUAAUGCUAAGGAGUUAGAAUUAAAAUACUAAGAGAAUAGAUACAAUUUUACCAUUCCUGUUUUUAAAGGAAUUAGUUUGAUCAGCUUUAUCAUUUGUGUUCUCAGAACUAUACUAUCAUUCAUCUUUGAAGAAUAUUUAACUCUCUAUAUUUUUCUAGGUUUAGGGAUCUUAGUACUCAUUACAACUUUUGUUAUACUCUAUUAUAAAAAAUCAUGGAUUGAUAAUUACCUCAUAUUUAUAAAUCACAUACUUAUGGUAUACUAAUACUCAGUUAAUACUGGGUAUGAUGCUCAGGAAGCCUAUCUUUUUGGAUAAAUGAUGAUGACUCUACAUAUAGUGAUUAUGCUGAUAUCAGAUUUCAAGUGUGCCUUACUCCAAUUAAUCAAUAACCUUAUAAUAAAAAUUUUGAUUGCAGAAAUCAGCAAUGGUAAUAUUUCACUAUAAACGUAUUUGUAUACAUUUUUUAUUGCGUUUAUGGCCAUCUUUGUAUUGUAGAGAACAAACAAGUAGUAUAGAUAAUCGUUUCUAUUUACUAUCACAGAUAAUUCCUAAGGUAGUUUAAUUAUUAUCAUUAGAAUCCAAGAAAUGUUUAUUCCUUUAUUGCUUGAUAACCCCUUCGCUUACUUUACAUUCGACCAGAAUCACUUAUCAUUUUAAGUUCGACUCUCGAAUUUUUCAGAAUUUCCCUAAUUCAAUCAAUAUUAGUAGAGUUAAACUAACUUAAAGGCUCUGCUAAGAAAAUAUGUGAUAUUUGGAACUACCUUAGAGGAUUUCAUUUUUAAUAGAGUUAACACUCAUAAUAACAAACUACUUGUAAACAAAAUCCUUGAAUUGAAUAAUCAAAAAAAGCCUAAUGAAAAAUUAAUUGUAAAAUAUUCUGAGUUCUAUAUUACAGAAUUGAUGUUUAUGAUAGUAAUUGAUUAGAAACAAUAAAUUAUUUUAUCUUAAAAUCAAAAAAUAAAUAAGCUAGAGAAAGGAAUUAAAGUUUUUAUUGGCGGCAUAAAUAAAUUUUUGUAAGCUCAACUCCAUUUAAUCAAUAAAGCAAAUUAUGACAGAAACUCUUUCUAUAAAAUGUAAACUAAAUUAAUGUACAUUCUAACUAAAUUUUCUAUCUCCAAAGAUAUUGCCCUCUCCUCCUGUGACAUUAAUUCAAAAAUUAGUUACUUUAUUAAAUUGUACCAAAAAGCCUACAAUAUUUAAAUUUAAUAUAGACAUCAUCAUGCUGAUCAUGAUUUUUGUAUAAUUACAAUGAAAUAAAUGCUUAAUUAAUUACUCAUCAAAUUAAUGACCUUUUUGUCUAAACAUAAUGAAGAUUAAAUUUCAAUUGAAAUUUUCUCUGAAUAAAACUUUAUUGAUUUAAUAAUUUAUACAAAAUCUAUAGCUGCAUUACAUGUAUAACUCUAAAAAAAGACGAAUUUUAGAAAAAUCCUUAAAAAAAUAGGACCAUUUGAUAAAUUAAUAGUUAAUUAGGAAAGUAUAAUUAUUCGUUUAUACAAAAAUAUGGGACAUUUGGAAGAUAUGAAUCCAUUUGAAUUAUCUUGA